CUUCCAAUAUAACCUCGAUAGAAGAAGAAUGUUGCAGAAAUGUGGUAAACAGCUCGGGCCUUUAAGAACGGCUAAUGGGAACACGAUUUCGAUUAUUAUUAGUUUUUAUCUGUGUUAUUUUGUAUUCAUUUUAGUACGUUAGAUCGGCUUUUCAUAUCACCUGAAAAGCUAUUGAAUGGAUCUUGUAACUGUGCUUUGAAUAGAAGAUGCAAGAACUGCAAGAUUAAAAAAGUUAAUGUCUUUGUUGCUUGAGUAUGUAAAUGUUUACUGGGUGUGGUCAGCCCCUCACUUACACAUGAGUGCUGUUUCGUUCUCUUGUUGGGCCGAGCGCCAUGCCUGACCGGGACAGUUCCUACCUGUCUGCUGGUAGUGGGAGUGGUAGUACUGUUUGUGAGGAAGGAGGACCUGGGUCGGGGUUAGCCGGGGGUUCGGCAGAGAGUAGAGUGUGUUCCGGAGGAGGUGUUGGGGGUAACGUCUCUGGUUCUGGGGGCAUGGGUGGAGGAGGGGUGCUUGGAAAUGGUAACAGUUGUGGGAAUGGUGGUGGUGGGAGUCAAGGUGCAGGGCUGGCAUUGGAUGGUGUCUGCAGAGAUUUUAUACGAAAUGUGUGCAAGAGGGGUAAGCGCUGCCGUUUUAAACACCUUGACUUCAACCAGGUGCCAGACUUGGGCGUGCAAAAGAAUGAGUUCAUUUUCUGUCAUGAUCACCAAAAUAAAGAGUGUAUGCGUUCUAACUGCCGCUUUGUCCAUGGAUCUAAAGAGGACGAGGAUUACUACAAGAAAACUGGAGAGCUGCCCCUCAGACUAAGAGGGAAAGUUGCAGCACGACUGGGCUUGUCCCCCAUGGAUCUCCCACAUAGCCGCGGAGAGAUCCCCAUCUGCAGAGACUUCCUGAAGGGGGAGUGCCUAAGAGGCAAUAAGUGUAAAUUCCGGCAUGUCAAAAAAGAUUACGAGUAUGAAUCUUCCAGGGUUGGAGUGGGUGGAGUAAUGGGGCCUGGUGCCACUGGAAUGGUGAAUGCUGGUGGAGGUCUUGGUGGGUCAGGAGGAAGUGCCUAUGGAGGAAUGCAAGGACUUGUGGGAGGUGGAGUCGGAAGUAACAUGAUGGGGAUGGGCUGCCCUGGUUUGGGUGGCUGUCGAGAUCCAGGGUUUUCAGGAGUUGGGAGUGUAAGUGGAGGAGGUAUGAGUGGCUGUUUGUCCAUAGGGUCUUCAGUACAGCGGCGGUAUGACAGAAGUGCUUGCUCAGUAUACGACCCCCUGCUUGAGAGUGGGCUGUUUGACGCAGGAUCCCUGGAGGCCUCUAUGGACCACACUGCUGUACAGUAUAAAAGACGGCGAUUGGAGGGUCUACGUCUGGCAGAUGGGAGUGGAGGUGGACACUAUGAGCUAGGCGUUCAGGCUACCUUGCAGCCUCGCCCCCUGGAGUACAGGUUCUUGGAAGAAGAAAAUUCCUUGCUAAGGAAGAGAGUGGAAGAAUUAAAGAAGCAGGUUUCAAACCUCAUUGCCACAAAUGAGGUUCUCUUGGAGCAGAAUGCGCAGUUCCGAAGCCAAGCCAAGGUGAUGACACUGUCUUCCACUCCUGCCCCUACUGAGCAGAGUCUGGCGCCUCCUGUGGGUGCAGUCAGUUCCUACAAUCACAGCAUUGCCCAGACUCACACCACGCUGAGCAGCGCUGCGCUGCAGCCUCGGCCCGUUACACAGCAGGACCUCGUCGCACCCACUGGCGCACCUGCAGCGCCACCAGCUAAUGCUGCCCCACCUACAGCUCCACCACCCCACCUCAAUCCAGAGAUCACACCCCUCUCAGCUGCCCUCGCACAGACCAUUGCCCAGGGGAUGGCGCCCCCUGUCUCUAUGGCACCUGUAGCAGCAGUAUCUGUGGCGCCAGUGGCCGUGUCCAUGUCCAUGAGUCAGCCCCUGCCUGGUAUCACAAUGAGUCACGCCACGACACCGAUGGUGUCCUAUCCCAUAGCCAGUCAAAGUAUGAGGAUAACAACUCUGCCUCAUUAAGUCAUUCAUUCACUGGGGAGACUGGAAUCUUCUCAGCACAUCUUUUUCUGUAAACGAACAGUCACAGCAAUCAGGUAUGUGGACAGGACAAAGCUUCUUCUGCAGACUGACCUGUGAACUUUGACAGCAACGUGUGUCACAAGUUCUAGUUACAUAUGUGCUGUCAUCCAUACUGUCAGAAACUUUUCUGAGGCGGCUGUGCUGUCCCAGUGGGGACAUGAACACUUUGGAUGCAGUUUGUUUUUUAGCUUUGUGGAUUAAACUGAUGUACAAACAUUGGUAUUUUACACGUCAAAAAAAAAAAGAAUAACAACCACUCAACAAUAAAUAUUGUGUUACCUGUCUUUAA